UUGAAAUUUUUUUUCGACCUUUUUAAGGCGCUUCCAAAACUUUCACAUAAGGUCUUCAGGUCCUACUGCCACGUCAUAAAGUGAUGUAAUUAGAGUUAUAGAAGCAUCUAAGUGCUCUGAUAUAGAUACAUCUCUUUUCCACAACUUCGAAUCUGUUAUAUUUUUAAAACGUCGCGCAGAACCCCCUGUUCCACGGUUACAUGGCAGUUCUAUUUCAAGAAUAUGUCAGACACUACGUGGCCCUGAAAUGAAUUUUAUUUAUCUAAUGAUGAUUCUUUAUCUUUUUCUAAUGAUGGACAAAAUAUGUGUUGUCUCGUCUCAUUGCCAAUAAAACCAUAACAGUGUUAUCUAAGUAAAUUUCCCCACCCUCUCACUAAUUUACUCUAAAAAUUGUUCCACUAUUGACCAGAACUUAUUUGCCGAAAUUCUAUUCCUCAGACGUUUGCACAUAUAUACAUGAUAGACGACUUCAUGGACUCCUCAACCACACGUCGAAACAAACUGUGUUGGCACAGACAGCCAAAUGUUGGCAUCAAUGCUGUGAACGAUACCACUCUGUUACAUCAGGCGAUCUUGGAGAUACUGGAGAUCAAUUUUAGGCAUAUACCCGAAUAUAUUGAUAUAGUCAAGCUAGUUAAUGAGACCAUUUACUUCACUGCGGUUGGACAACAGUUAGAUAAUUUGACAGUCUACUCCAAGAAGAGGAACAAUCUCGAUUGUUUUACUUUGGACGCUUUUAAGAAUACUGUCACACUCAAGACAGCUUACUCCACUAUGAGAUUCCCGCUGCUUCUUGGUCUAAGUUUGAUCAAGGAUGGACAGAAGAAAGCCAGGAAAGAAUUGAUAGAUAUUGGCUUUGAUAUUGGCCAGCUUUUCCAACUACAUAAUGACUACUCGGACGUAUAUGUGAAAGAAAGCGAGUCGGGUAAAGCGGGCUACGACAUCCAAGAAGGAAAACUCACGUGGCUUGCACUAACAGCUGUCCCACGCUGCAACCAGCAACAACUCGCCGCUUUUAAGGAAUUCUAUGGAAGCCCUGAUCCUGAUCACGCGAAACAAAUCAAGCAAAUCUAUGACGAUUUAAAAAUUCCUGAUCUUUACGAAGAAUAUGAAAGUAAGCUGUACAGAGAAGUACUGGGCAGAAUUAGGGCGCUGCCAACUGAACCUGAAAGAAAGUUUUUCUUGAAUCUUUUGGGAGAGUGGUAUAAACAUGCGUAUUGAUUGGUAUUCAAUAAUGUACUCGUGUGUUGAAGAUAUAUAUUUGAGUACCUAGCUUUCGCGUAGCACUAGUUUACCUACAGAAACUAUUCGAUCUGGUGAAUAUAAACGUAAUAAAAUAUUACUAAAUUAAAUAAUUUUAUACGA